AUGAAUUCUUUCGCAUUUGUUAUCGUUUUGCUCCACCUUUCAUUGACCACCGCCGUCAACUUCACUCUGGUCUUCGAGUGGCCCGAUGGAAUGGACUACGAGUGGCCUUCUGAGGCAAGCAGGACAAACGCCUUGAAUGAAAGAACCUUCAAACCAGAGAAUAUUCAACCUCGUUACAUGGCUGUCUACGGAACAAGAAUCUUCCUCAGUUUGUAUAGAUAUGGCAUUCCGGCGAAUCUGGUGUCUUUGCCGACGAGCAGCGCGUCCUCCGCGACCCCGAAGCUCACUCCAGUUCCUUCGUGGGACAUGCAUGGAAAGAGAGACGACUGCAACAAAAUCCAGGCUGCAAGGGGGUUGGAAGUGGACUCGUUUGGAAGGCUGUGGGUGCUUGAUAAUGGAUUCUCCAAAUGCAACGCAAAACUAUGGACCAUCGACUUGGUCAACAACGAUCACACCGAACUAAUUCAUCAUUUUCCUUUUCAAUAUGACAUUCACGACUUGGUGCUAGAUGAAACGCCCAACGAAACCUUGGCCUACAUCUCGUGGAGGGGAGUGAUCGUUUUUAGUUUGGAAAGGAACCAAUCUUGGAUGGUGGACACACCAGGAAUAAAGGUCUAUUCCAUUGCCCUCUCCCCUAAGGAGGAACCGAGACAGCUCUACCUCAGCAAUUUAGAAUCCAAUGAGUUGUAUUCUAUUUCCGUUGCCGCACUUCGCAACGGAACUCGAACUGCAAAUCUACAACUAAUCGGAAGAUGGACUGGAAGACCAUAUAGAAUGCUGAUGGACAACCACGGGACCAUUUACACUGCAUUUUGGUUGAUACACUACGUAUUCUCAUAUAACACUUCCCAGCCAUUCCAGGAGCAGCGUUUUCAUGACGUAUGUUAUGUCAUCAUUUAA